AUGGAAACGUGGAAAAUCAUAGGCUUAGUUUGGCUUGUUGCUCUUGUGCUUGCCGUUUGCUCUGUGGACUUUGUCAUGACUUGGCGCUCAGCGGCGGUGGAGGUGAUAGUGGCAGAGGAGGAGUUGAAGGAGGUGGUAUUGGCGGCGGAGGAGGAGCAUGACAAUGCACGCCGAAAGCAUGUCUCAGAUCUUAUGCAACAAUGUAUAACAACUUAG